CUAAAACAUUUCUAAAACUCAAGUUGCUUGUGGGGUGUGUUGUUCUACUUGAAUGAUGGUAUAUGAGUUUUUCUUAAAUGAAAAUAUCAAAAAUAUCUAAUACCAGAUUAUGUGCUUAGUUAAGAUCGGAUGACUGUUUAAAACAGGGCAAUGUUAUCCUUACCGAUGGUGUGGGUUGGUAACGGCAUGUGGAAACGGGCAUCUUGAUUUGCUGCCCUAAAGAUGAUGUAAAGUGUUGUUAGCUAUGUGAAUUGGGGGGAAUAACCGCACGCACAGAAAUACAAACUACAUUCCAUUCCUACAGUAAAAGAAAUAUAAGCUCAAAAUAUCCAAAAUUCUGAUGUCCAUGGCAGCUAUAGCGAGAAGAAGAAAGUUACUUAAUGAUGAUGUCAUCAUUGCAUUGGCUGAAAGUUCAUGGGAAAAUCUUGAUAUAUCUGGUUCUGAUGUUUCUGAUUUUGGCUUAUCGAAAGUGGCAGAAAUAUGCAAAUAUCUUCGGUCCGUGGAUAUAAGUCGAUGCAGCAAAAUCACAUCAGUUGCUGUAUUUGAACUCAUGGAACAUUGCCGUUCACUGGAGAUUCUGAGAUGGGGAGGGUGCCCAAGGAGUGACUACACUGCACGCAGAUGCUUGAGCAUCUUGAAACCAACACUAAAUGAGGUCGAGGGAGAUUCUUGGGAGGAACUUGAUACCUCGGAGUUAGCUCGUGCACAAUCACUGCGCUGGCUUGUUUGGCCGAAAAUUGACAAGGAUUCAUUAGAGAGCUUGUCCACUGAAUGCCCACGCAUUAUAGUAAACCCAAAGCCAUCACCAUUUGGUUACCGGGGAAUUGAGGUUCCUAGGGAAGCAUUGCUAAAUGUUGUACUGGAUGAACAUGUUGUUAAUGAUAUUGAUCCAAAAACAUGGGCUGUUUCUGGAUUUACACCCAGGAUAUCUCCUUCAGUUUCAAGCCCGAAUGAAUUACCCAUUGCUGAGAAAUUUAGACUUGCAUUUGUAGAGAGAGACAAUCGAUUAGCCCCAAAGCGAGCAAAGAAUGCAAGGCAACAUCAGCGACGUGCAGAAAGGGAGUGGGUUGCGACGAGUGCCAGAGCAAAGGCCCAGCGCUUGCCUUACAGGUGAACAAAUCUCUGCAGAGUCGGAGCUAGCUGUGGUAUUCAUCUUUUCUCUGCAACGCUGGUGAACGAAUCUCAAUAGUAAAAAUAUAUGGAUUUUAGACAACACCAUGGAGAAUUCAGACAAUGGGAAUUGAGACUUUAGUGAUUAGAUAGCAGUUGCUAUCUUAUUUUAUAAAAUUUUGAAAUCAACUAUAAAUUUGUCCAUAAAAAACUCUUCUUGUUCAGUUGUUUGUUCUUUAUGCUGGACCAGCAGUCACAACCAUUCACAAAUGUUGGACACGGGGGUUGACAUGACAUGACUAAUUUUGAGGUAGUAGCUCUUCGUCUUCCAAGACAGUGACCAUCUUCUGCUAUGCCCAUUUGUAUUCGUUCCUUCUAACUGGAUUUUGAGUAUCUUGUACAAGAUAAUUUUAUGUGCACUAAAUUUAUGCAGAGUCAUUGAGAAUAUUAGGCACCUUUUAA